AGCCGUCUACUGGCUCAGGCGGCAUGUCGGGGGCACCUCAGAGAGAUGGCGCUGGCACACAGAGAUGUGGCCGGGGUGCUAAAGCGGCACAAUUAUGUAGAGAUCAAGAAGAUCGGCGAGGGUAGCUUCGGCCGUGCCCUGUUAGUUGCGACAAGCGAUGGAAACAGGCUCGUCUGCAAAAUGGUGGACGUCAGCCAGGCGUCGCCCAAGGAGACGCAUGACGCGGUGAAGGAGAGCCGGCUCUUGGCCCACUUCAAGCACCCCUACAUCGUGCGGUACCGCGAGAGUUUCACAGACAGUGGUUGGCUCUGCAUCCUCAUGGAAGACUACUGCGAGGGCGGUGACCUCACGAAGCAGAUCGAGGCGGCGCGCAGGGCGCGGCGCACGAUCGCGGAGGACCAGAUCCUCCAGUGGAUGACGCAGGCGCUGCUGGCCCUGAAGGGGGACGGCGGAUAUACACGACAAGCACGUGCUGCACCGCGAUUUGAAGGCUGCCAACUUGUUCCUCUCGAAGAGCGGAAACCUGAAGCUGGGAGAUUUCGGCAUCGCGAAGGUGCUUUCGUCCACAGCAGCAUGUGCAAGGACUCAGAUCGGAACUCCAUAUUACCUCAGUCCCGAGGUGUGCCAAGAGAAGCCGUACACGUGGCCCUCCGACAUCUGGGCCAUGGGGUGCAUCCUCUACGAGCUGUGUACCCUCAAGGUGCCAUUCGACGCCCCAAACAUUUCGACGCUCGUGCAGAAGAUCUGCCGCGGGCCUCUGGUUUUUUGUUCCUCCGCAUCCCCAACACAUUCUCCGACUUCACGCGGGAGCUGUGCUCCCAGAUGCUCAGCCGGAGCCCCACCAGCCGCCCCACGGCGGAGGAGGUGCUUCAGCGGCCCCGGAUCCAGGGUUUCGUCAAGCAGAUGCUCGAGAAGGCCCAGGCCCAGCAGGAGUCCACCGGCCACAGCGGACGGCUCCGACCACGCCGGCCAGGCACCGCCGCACAACAGCGCCAGCCUGUCUCCGCCCGGCAGGCCUGCGGAGGCUGCCCCGCCGGCUCAGGAGACGCUGGCCUGGCGCCCGCCGUGCCGCCGCUGCUCGCCCGGGGGCCCUUCGCAGAGCAGCCCGCAGCCUUCGCUCCGGAGGUGCCGCCCUACGGGCGGGGGCAGCCCCCGCGGGCGGUGGGCCCGUUCGCGGAGCAGGCCGGCACGUACCAGAAGGGUGCACUGGUGGAGUACCACUCCAGCACCCACAAGGAGUGGCUCCCCGCCGUCGUCUUGAACAGAGACCAGGACCGAGGGCCGGGUUGUGAUCGACCUGAAGCCAAACACCUGGAUCCCGGUCGAGAUACAGGCGCAGAUGCUCCGGCCGCGGAAGAUGCAGCCGGUGGAUCAAAGGCAAGCACGGAGCCCGUUCCACAACGGGGCCCCUCGCGUACUGACGCCGGGCCGCCUGUACGACCAGUACAGCCAGUAUCCCAGCCGCCAGGCCUCCCCGCCGCGGCAGCCCGGGAGCCGCGUGCCCACGCCGGGCCGCGCCUCCACGCCCGGCCGCGGCGACGCCGCGGGGAAGGGCGGCGGAGCGCCGCCGGCGCCUCGGCCUGCGGGC